AUGUUUUCUGCAUUUAAACUGGCCUCCUUUUUCUCUCUCCCUCAGGAGGUUAUUUUAAAGAGAGCAGCUGACCUGGUAGAAGCCCUUUAUGGUUUACCCCAUAAUAACCAGGAGAUCAUCCUGAAGCGUGCGGCGGACAUUGCAGAAGCUCUAUACAGCGUUCCCCGAGGACACAGCCAGCUCUCCGGCUCCACACACAGCGGCAUGAUGGGGGUCAACUCCUUCACCGGGCAGCUGUCCGUCAACGUCGCUGAACCCUCACAGGGUAAUCAGGGUUUUGUGCGCAGCAGCAGUAGUGUGUCUCCUCACGGUUACGUUCCCAGCUCCACGCCUCAGCAGACCAGUUACACUUCUGUCACCAGCUCCAUGAACGGCUACACCAACAACACCGGCAUGACCAACCUGGGAGGAUCGCCCACUUUCCUCAACGGCUCUGCAGCCAACUCGCCUUAUGCUAUUGUCCCAUCCAGUCCCACUAUGGCCUCCUCCACCUCUCUCCCCUCCAACUGCUCCUCCUCUUCUGGCAUCUUCUCCUUCUCCCCGGCCAACAUGGUGUCGGCGGCCGUUAAGCAGAAGUCGGCCUUCGCUCCAGUGGUCCGGCCCUCCUCUUCCCCCCCGCCCUCCUGCACCAACGGCAACGGGCUCCAAGAUCAAACAUUUGUGGACUCUAGCAAGUACUCAACAGCCAACUCUCUACAAGGCCUGGCCUUCACCUGAACAAUCCCGGGAAUGAUCGUCCCACCCAUGUAAAGGUGUGAGUGCAUGACUGUGUGUGUGUGUGUUUGUGUGUGUGUAUGCGUGUAUGUGUGUGUUUGUAACCAUGCGAGAUGAACCAAGCACACUGAUCCUGGCGGAGGAUUUCUGUGCGAGUCAGACUCCGGUCGGGGAUGGAAGCAGCUGUCCCGAUCAGAAGGAACAAACCCAACUCAGGCCCUUUCUAACACAAAAACAACUGCAAGAAAAAACAGAUGAAGAACAAAACAAACAAAGACUUUUGCAAAGAAAAUAAGUUGUUUAGACUUUGUACACCUUGAUGCUUUUAUAGGAGAACGGCCACGCCUACAUUAUAACUCUCCACGGACACAGGAAGUGUAUUUAUUUUGGAGAGAAUCACUUCUUCUCUUGAGUGAUUUGUUUUCUUUUCGUGCAACAGUUAAUGUGUGAUAAUCCUCUUCUAGCUGUUUCUCACAUGAGGGAUUUUCUAUUUAUGAAGUUUGGUCAUUAAUGAAGGAAUAUAAUGUGAAUAAAACCUGACUUGAUGGUGAUGAUGAUGAAGAAGAGACUGAAGGAUUCAGGAUCAAAUCCAGCCGACACAGACAAGCCAAACCAGACACACAGUUUCUUCUUUUUUUCUAUGCCAAAUCCACAUUCACUCUUUCAGCACAAACACAGACAGCGAGUCCUUUCUCAGCAUUUCACCUGAAGGAUUGAGACGACUGAUGCUGCAAGUUUAGCUUUUCAAGAAACCCCCAUGUUUGCUUUGAGCUCGCUUGCACUACUGCAUUUUCUAGAAAGAGAAAAUCCGUUUUUCAGCCAACAGAGAGAAAUACAAUUCAGCCACUUAACCAACUAAAUAGAAACGCCCACCAUGCGAGAUGUCAUAGAGAUAUUAGAUUUGCUAGAGAUCUUAGCCAGAAUAGAUUGGACUGCGAAGAGGCCAUAAGAAAGUGCAAACGUUUGUGAUAACAGGGUGCCAACUGCAUCUUCACUGUUGAGGAUUGUACCCAACAACUCUGCCAGAGUCGUCCAUCAGCGCUGUUUUAAAGUC